GAUUCCGCCCGAGUAAAAAAAACGAAGAAAACGAAAAAGCGGACGAGCUUAAAAUACGCCUCCGCGUGCGACACGCACCCCUUCGAUAAACCAUAGACUCUCUCUGUAGUCUCAUCUGUUUCAGAGAGACAGAGAGAGAGAGAGAGAGAGGAUGGGAAUGGCAAUACGAUCCUUAUGAUCAUAAAAGGGCUGUUCAGGAGGUAUGAAAGAUGGAACCCUGUGCAUCCAACUUUUGGAGCCUUUUGGGGCAUGGGGAUUGGCAUCGGGUGCGGUGUUGGGUGGGGCCCAGGAUUUGGGCCUGAGGUCAUUGGCUACGUGGGAUCGGGAUGCGGCGUCGGGUUUAGUGUCGGAAUCACACUAGCCGGUGUUGGUAUUGGCCUCCCUGCAAACUUCCUUAUUCAAAUUCCUUACAAUGCUUUGGAGGGAGCGAGAAGUGGGGCUUUCAAGUUUGCGAGAUCAAGCGCUCUUCCCAUCAUGAAAAAUGUGGCCGGGGAUGGUUGGAACAACGUCGUCCCAUACGUAUCUGGUUUCAAUAAAGAAGCCCGUGGGAGGCUAUCUGGCUUUAAGGUUGACCGUUCCUUUGGUUUGGGUAUUGACUUACCCGAGCUACAUAAGUGCGUGACAUACCAUGUUCAGUCUGUUUUGGAAUCAUUAGGAGCAUUCAAAGACCGGCGAUUGCCUCCAAGAGAAGGUACAUGAACAGCCCCACUUCAAUAUAUUUAAGUUUUUGGAAAUUAAAUCAUUUUAUUGGGAAUUGUCAGCUGUCCAAAGAUGGGGAUUGUCGCUGAAAUAGAUGUGCCAUGAUUAAGGCUUCAAUUUUUAGUUUUAUUUUUGUUAUUGCCAAUACCAUACCAGGUUUUGAUCUGCGAUACGACAAAGAAAGAUAUUGAGCUGUAUGUAUGUUAAACUCAGAAUGAUGCAAUUUAAGAGGCCAUUUGGGAGUUUUAGUACU